AUGAGAGACGUUGACUUUAAUAUCUUAAAGCUAUGGCCACAUUUCUGGCGGAAUGCAGAAGCGGCCGAGUAUAUAUAUCUUAGGAAAUCUACUGGGACUGGUAAUCCCAUUGCCGGCGGGAGAACCCUGUUAGAGAGGUUCGGUCAGCGUCUGGAGAAAGUGGGACCCAUAGGCUGUAGGGAAGAGUUUGUUGAUUGUAAGAUAAUCGCUUAUGUUUGA